CGGGUGGGGGAGGUCGGGGAGGGGGCGAUAAAAUGGCGCAGGGGGCGGAGUGAGGCGCAGUCGUUCGCCCAGGCUUUGGCCCGGCUUCCGGAGGAAGGUGGGAGUCAAUCAUUUUGACAAGUCUCCUGAAAGGAACAGCUAGCAGGAGCUGAAACCUUUUUCCAUUUGGUCUCGUGGCAAAGGCAGAGAUUGCUCCAGCAGCUCCACACAAGAUGAUGUGCUCGCUGGUGCCCUCUGAACAGUCUUCUGGUACCUCUCUCUUGCCUAAAGACAAUGCCCCAUUUUCUUGGGGUUCCCUGGAUGAGGAUGGAUUAGAUGACUCUUUGCUGGAACUGUCUGAAGGAGAAGAUGAUGACGGUGAUUUAAAUUACACAGAGGAAGAGAUUGAUGCACUCUUGAAGGAAGAUGACCCAUCAGAUGAGCAGUCUUCUGGGGAAGAUGAUGUUGGGCAUGUUGAGAAGGGAGAAAGAGGGAGUCAAAUUCUAGUUGAUACUCUCCAAGAGAAGAAUUCAUCGUACAGCUUGGGACCAGUAGCUGAGACUCCUGACCUCUUCAAACUACCUCAGCUAAGUACAUCAGGUGGUCAUGGACCAGCUCCUACUAAACCAUUAAACAGACGGUCUGUAUUAGAAAAGAAUCUUAUAAAAGUGACUGUUGCACCAUUUAAUCCAACAGUUUGUGAUGCUUUGCUUGAUAAGGACGAGAUUGAUUCAUCCAAAGAUACUGAAAAACUCUCUUCCCUUGGAGAGGAGAUGAGAGAAGAUGGUCUUACUCCAAAUGAAAGCAAACUUUGUACUGAAUCUGAAGGGAUCGGCCCCAAUAAUUCUGCCUGGGAUGGGCCCCAGCUGUCUUCAAACAAUAACUUUCAACAAGCUGUCUCUGAUAAAAAUAUGGCUGACAGUAAGAACCUUACGUCUGUAUUCUCUCGGAUCUCAGACCAUUCAGAGACUCCUAAUAUGGAGUCAUCCUGCAGAAAUGGUGGUUCACAUAAACCAAGUUGUGAAAUGAGGUCUCCGGUUGUUUCCAACUCAUCAAACAAAGUAAGUACAUUGUUCAAGGUGAAGAGAACAAGGACUAAUGUUCCGACGUUUUCACAGUCAAAUCUAGAACAGCAGAAGGAGAUUUAUCUCAGGAGUGUCAUUGCUCAUAUAGAAGACCCAGAGGACUCUAACCAAGGUAUCUCCGGGGAGCUAUAUGCCUUGAUGGAUCAAGUUCAUCAUAUGCAACACUCAAAAUGGCAGCAUCCUUCAGACCUCACUACACGAAACUAUGCCCGCCGACAGAAACAUCUGCAAAGAUACAGUCUGACUCAGUGGGUUGACAGGAACAUGCGAAGCCACCAUCGGUUCCAACGUCUCCCAGACUUCUCAUACAGUUGAUUUGUCUCAACCCAUCAGCAAUGAAGGUCCCUAUCCAGGGUCCUGCUUGGAGCAGCAUUUCGUGUUCUUUUGCUGUUUUGUGCUUUGCAGAUUUUGAAUUUUAUUUUUCACAAGAUUUUUAUUUAAAAAACUCGUCACCUUUUGGAAAUGCCCAUUGCUAACUUGAA